GUCUACCCGUCGUGGGCGUGCGUUCAUUUCGUUCUGUCAGAGCUCCGACGGAAUUAGGGUUUUCUCCGGUGCAAAAUCUUCGCAAUCCGAAGGUGAAAUCGAGGAGGUCAACGAUCAAUCCUUUGGUGCAUAACUUCUAUCGGUGACGGCCAUCAGAAAAUGAUGGAUCUGGAAACAGAGAAUCGGAUAGCUGCCAUUCUAAUGAAAGAAGCGGCUGAAUUGCGACGGCAAGCUGAGCAGGAAGGAGUUCUUUCUUAUCUUCAGCAGCCCACUGUACGGGGUCGGCCAAAUUCCCGGUUUCUCACUGCAACAGUUCUUGGGGUACAGCAAGCAAAUAAAGCAGUGGAAGUGAAUGAGAUGUGGCGAGUCCGUCAAAAGGAGCUGGAGCUUGAUAAUCGGCUUAAAGGACGAUCCAGGGAUGACAGUAGAAAUGGCAGGAUCCACCACAAGGAUACUGUCUCAACCUCUAGAAGUGUGACCAAGAGGCUAUCAGUCAGUGAUGACGCUGGUGGUGCUACAUGUUCUUCUCGUACAAGUGUACACGAGGCAAUUGAAGCAAAUGUAGAUGCAGGCUUAAAGGAUGAAGAGGUUGAGGAGUUCCUGCACUCAAGGGUUAAACGAGGAAGAGGUUCAAUAGGUUCGAGAAUGGAUGAAACCGGCCCUUUUCUCCCCUCCAGAGAGGAUGCAGAGGAGAAGAUCUCAUUAAACCCUGAUGCUUGGGCCCAGCGAGUCGUGCAUGGUCCAAAGAGGCCACUUGAGCUCAAGUCCUACGAAUCCUCCGAAGAAGAGACAUCCAAAGACAGGCAGAAGAAGGCAAAGAAAGAUCGCUCGGAGAGCUCUAAGAAGAAGCACUCUCAUAAGCACAGAUCAAAAGAGAAGUCUAAGGAUCGAAAGAAGGAGGAGAAGAAAUCUAGAGGCGAAAGGAAGAAGAAAGACGGAAAAAGACGCAGAGAGUAGAUCUUUUGCAUUGUUGUUCAUACACCAGCACUAGAUGAGUUGUUUCCAGUAACUUGCUGUAGUUCGGGCUUAUGUAUAAUGAAAAUAGUUUUCCAUGAGAAUUGAAAUUUGAGGGUUAUGAGACUUUUUCAAGAAGUCGAGAUUUAAAGCUACAAAUUAUCCCCGAAGUCUGGAACAAACACCUGCCUGGAUCUAUCUUUGCUUCU